GACUUUUCAAAGUCUUCACCAAACGAUCUCUCCUAUAAAUAUCAUGUGCUGCUUUUAUUGCUUUCAGAAGAUAAACCACAACAUCAAACCAAAACCAUGGCUUCCUCAAAGGCUGUAAUUUCUUUACCCUCUAUCCUCCUCCUGGCAAUCUCUUCUUCACUUCUUCUGCUGCCCUCUCUGUUGGGUGCUGUUUCAAAGGCUCAUUCCUAUUCCUCUCCACACGUAGUGAAAGGACUCUCACUGAGUUUCUACGAAUCCAAGUGUCCUGAUUUGGAAUCCGUAGUCAGAAAACACCUCAAGAAGGUGUUCAAAGAGGACAUAGGCCAAGCUGCUGGCUUGCUUCGCCUUCACUUCCAUGACUGCUUUGUUCAGGGAUGUGAUGGUUCAGUGCUACUUGACGGAUCAGCUAGCGGGCCGAGCGAGCAGGAAGCACCACCGAACCUGACCCUGAGGUCGGAGGCAUUCGAGAUCAUCAACGACCUCCGUGAACUCGUUCACCAGCAGUGCGGCAGGGUCGUCUCCUGCGCUGAUAUUACCGCUCUUGCUGCACGCGAAGCUGUUUACCUGUCAGGCGGGCCUGAAUACAGUGUACCCUUGGGAAGAAGGGAUGGACUCAACUUCGCAACAACGGAAGCAACCCUAGCCAACCUCCCCGCACCGACCUCCAACACCAGCACCCUCCUCACCUCCCUCGCCACCAAGAACUUGGAUGCCACCGAUGUGGUGGCCCUCUCCGGCGGCCACACCAUCGGACGCGGCCACUGCAGUUCCUUCACCGAAAGGCUUUACCCGACUCAGGACCCAACCAUGGACCCAACCUUCGCCGAUGACCUCAAAGAAGUCUGCCCAACAGCAGAAUCCACAAGCACCACCAUGCUGGAUAUUAGGACUCCAAACAAGUUUGACAACAAGUACUAUGUUGAUUUGGUGAACAGACAAGGCUUGUUUACGUCGGACCAGGAUUUGUACACCGACAAAAGGACCAAGGACAUUGUCGAGAGCUUUGCUGAGGAUCAGGAGCUGUUCUUCGAGAAGUUCGUGCAUUCGAUGAUAAAGAUGGGGCAGUUGAGCGUGUUGACAGGCCGGAAAGGAGAGAUUCGCGCGAAUUGCUCUGUGAGGAAUUCGGACAAUGUGCAAUUGGUGUCGGUGGUUGAAGAGGACUUGGAGACCGCCGCAGAGUUAUAAGGCGGUGGUGUUUUAUGUCUUGUCUGUUUGUUCAUGUGUUUGUGUGAUUCUGUUUUGUAUAAGAAGCUCUGACAAUAAAGGAGUCUUGUAACUGAAUGACUGUGUUUCUUUCCACCUUUGAUAAUGGGUCCUUCAGCAUUGUAAUUUGAUGGUUUUGCACACCACCGAAUGUGAUGGAACUAUUUAUCAGCA